CUGAGACAAGGCUACCAGAAGACCAAAGAGGCAAACGGACGCUCCGGAUCCCAUCCCCAGACAUCCCGUUUCUACGAGGCACUGCAUUCCAUCCUCGGUGCGGCCGCCACCACUACCCCACCACUGACCGUGGACUCUGAGGAUGGGAUAGUGUCCACGGCCGGUUCCUCGGACAUGUUAGCGGACGGGGAAGAUGAGGAAGGAGAUGAGGAGGGCGAGGCAGUCGGCAGCGCUCACAACACUGAUUUCCCCGACAGCCAGGAUCUCUUCAUCACCCUUACAGAGAUCCCCUACGAAGCGUCCCCAGCCGUUACCCCGGACACAGAAUCUGGGGAAGGAUCAGCCACCACAUCUGCGACUGUCUCACAACCUAGCCUGGCAUCACACUCCCAGAGGCUAGCGAAGAUUAGGCAUAGGAAGAAGAGGACACGGGAGGACAUGUUCUCUGAACUUAUGGCCUGUUCCCAAGCCCAGGCAGCACAGCAGACCCAGUGGCGGGAGAAAUUGACCCAAAUGCAGCAAGCAAACAUGGAUCGGGAGGAGAGGUGGCGGCAGGAAGACCAGCAGGCGACUCAAACGCUGCUUGGACUACUGAGGGAGCAAACAGACACGCUCCGGCGCCUUGUGGAUGUUCUGCAGGAACGGAGGCAGGAGGACAGAGCCCCGCUGCAGUCCAUCUCUAACCGCCCUCCCCCGCCACCAAGUCCCAUACCCACCUCACCCAAAGUGCAAAGAAGGAGAGGCGGCAGAGUCCCUGCUAACUCUCACUCCACCCCUGCAGAGAGCUCUAGUAGCAGAAGGCUCUCAUUCCCCAAAACUUGAAAAGUUCUUUCCUUCCCGCCUGACACAAGCCCCCGUCCAAGUUUCACCUCCCAGUUCCAUGUGUAGUUGAUAAUAAAAAAUACGUUCAUGUUAAGUACUGUUUCAAUGAUGUUCUUUUGGAGGAGGAGGGGAAAGGGGGUUGGUAAUUGGACAGGACAGUCGCCUUUGGCAGGGUACAUAGGCGGGGGCAGGCACAGCAGCAGGGCACAUACACAGUGCAGUGAUGCAGUGACUAGUUACCCUGGUUAGUCUGGGAGGUUGUUUUCAUGUUAUGUGGUGGGGGGUGGGUUGCUCUGUGACUUUGUGGCGGGGGAGGGCAGUUACAGAUCUUAAGCGGCGGUCCUUAUGCAGGAUCACAGAGCCACGCAGCAGGGGAUCUGUAACCGUCCUCCCCCUGCCACAAAGUCACAUAGCCCCCCCAUACACACAGUCCCGAUCAGGAGGGGUGACAGGCUCCGUUGAAACAACCAUCCCACCGCAGCGGAGCCUGUCAAUCCUUGAGUU